CUCCCCGCCAUAACCUGGGCCUGCUCGAAAUUUGGUGACCGAGUCAGCGGAACGACGGUUUUCUUCUCUAAGUCUUCUUCCAAAGUUUGCCUUCUUCGCGUGGUCGUGUUUGCACCGAUCACUUCCUUUUUUCCGGUGGACCUGUUCAUCGAAAUCAGCAGCCAUGGCCAAGCGCACGAAGAAGGUCGGAAUCUGCGGUAAAUAUGGUACCCGAUAUGGUGCCUCUCUCCGUAAGAUGGUCAAGAAGAUGGAGAUCACCCAACACAGCAAGUACACCUGCACAUUCUGUGGCAAGGACUCCAUGAAGCGGGCUGUUGUUGGCAUUUGGUCCUGCAAGCGUUGCAAGCGCACUGUCGCUGGAGGUGCCUGGGUGUAUUCCACCACAGCUGCUGCAUCAGUGAGGUCAGCUGUCAGGAGGUUGAGGGAAGUUAAGGAGAAUUAAACUAUAUAAGAUACA